UGAAGAGGAACAGCCUUCUGCAGGAGUCAGGUUUGUCUGCCUCGCUGUUGAUAUUUUGCGACAGAGAAGCAGAGAAAGUUAUUGAAGGUAUCAUGCCACAUAAAUGGGAGAAUGAUAGGAAAAAGAGCAGCACCACCAGCUCUCUGAAGAUGGAUCGAAAGAGCAAUGCUGGCAACAGGAAGUCAAGAAAGUUUCGCUCCAUUUCAAGAUCACUUAUACUGUGCAAUGCCAGAAACAGUGAUGAUGGGUCAAGUCCUGAUGAGAAAUGUCCCGAUCCCUUUGAGAUCUCUACCAGCUGGGGUCAAGAGGAAUUUGACUGCUGCCCUAGAGCACAACUGCCAAGUACAUCAGAGACAGAAGACAGCUCACCUGAUCCUCCAUGUGUCAUCAGCAGCACAGCCCAGUCCAAGGCAGCCGCAAAUUCUAACUGCAACAACAUGAGAAGAAAGUUACUUAUCAAGGACAACUGCAUCUGCAGAUUGUGUGCAACCAGAGGAAACAGCAGCUCAGGAAUCAAGCUUUCCAGGAGUCCAAACUGCGCCUCUCUCUGGAAAGGGUUCUCAGGCUGCCAGGUACCUGCUGGAGGCACAACAAACAGGGAUGGACGUCUGAGUCCAAGGAAUGAAAUGUUAACACUAAAUGGGCAAUCACUUAAAGAUCUGUCCAGCAAGGAGGCUGAAUCUCUCAUUCAAUCAACAACACAGCUGGAAAUGCCAACCAGUAAGGAAAGGCCUUUGGAAAUACAAAAUGGUUGUUUUCUGCAAAGUAAAGCCUUGUGUCAGCGGACACGCAGUAACUCAACCAGUGUAAACCCAUACUGGAUAGGGGACAUGGACUGCACAGCACCCCGGAAAGCUGUGCCCUUCAGAGAGCGGCAGCCUCAUGCCCUCCAUUCCAAUCGGAAAUCACUUUCCCAACAGCUGGACUGCUCUGGAGGGAGAACCCCAGCAAUUUCAAGGCCAUCUAGAUCACUAAGUACAGCACAGCUGGUGCAUACAUCUUGUGGCUCACAGGCUUCGGUAAUCUCUAAUAUCGUGUUGAUGAAAGGACAAGGGAAGGGUUUGGGCUUCAGCAUUGUUGGAGGGAAAGACAGCAUUUAUGGGCCAAUAGGAAUCUAUGUCAAAACCAUCUUUCCUGGUGGAGCUGCUGCAGCUGAUGGAAGGCUACAAGAAGGUGAUGAAAUCCUAGAACUGAAUGGAGAAUCAAUGCAUGGAUUAACACAUUAUGAUGCUUUACAAAAAUUCAAGGCCAAAAAGGGUCUUCUGACACUCACAGUCAGGACAAGCUUCAGCACACCUCAUUCUGCUUCCAGCUAUUUGUCACCCCACUUGUGUCAGUCACUGAGCUCUAGUAUAUGCAUAACCAAAGAAAACAGCUCUUUCAGUUCCGAAAGUCCAGUGUUCUUACUAAACGCUGCAAAGCCCAAUGACAGGGUCAUAAUGGAAGUUAGCCUAAACAAAGAGCCAGGGGUUGGACUUGGAAUUGGGUUAUGCAGCAUCCCUUACUUCCAGUGUAUUUCAGGGAUUUUCAUUCACACCCUCUCACCAGGUUCAGUGGCACAUAUGGAUGGGAGACUCAGGUGUGGAGAUGAAAUUAUUGAAAUUAAUGAAGCAUCAGUGCAAAAUAUGACUCUGAAUGAAGUUUAUGCUGUGCUAAGCCAUUGUGAUCCUGGUGCGGUGCAGAUAAUUAUCAGCAGACACCCUGAACCACAGGUGUCCGAGCAGCAACUAAAAGAAGCUGUUGCACAAGCUGUGGAAAACAACAAAUUUGGAAGGGAGAGACAUCAAUGGAAUAGUGAAGGUACUAAAAGACUAGACACAAGCUGGCAUGGAAGACACCCAUGUGAAAAGCAUAUUGAAAGGAACGCUGCUUAUUGCAAUCGUAAAGCCCAGAAACUGAUGACUCGCUCCAGCAGUGACAGCAGCUACAACCCCAGGUCCCUGUGUAGUAAUGGCACUGCAUAUCAACUGAGUGACUUGAAAGAAAGGGUACACAGCAUUGAUGUACCAAUUACCAGACAGCCUGGCCUGCUGUACUCAUUGUCUGGAAACAAUUUUGAGAGAAAUUCCCCUCUUACGUGUAGUGAAGGAGGUCAACCCUUGCAAAAUGCUAAGAAAUCAACAGAGAUUCUUGUUAGAAAACCUAAAUCAUCGAAGCCCAAACCUCCACCAAGGAAAUAUUUUAAGCAGGACUGCACAGGAAACGAUCAGAGCAUUGCAGAUGGAAAAGAAAAGCUUGUAUCUGAUGCAUCUGAAUCACCUUCUGCAAAUGUGCAGCAGGAAGUUAGAGAACCAAUGCUAGAGGGACAGCAAACAGACGUAACUCACAGUGUCUUCACCACUUCUCCUACAGCUUCUGAACACAUAACUGCUGUUCCAGCGGGCAGAGAUCAAGAAAGAAAACCCAACUUAGGAACUCCAGUUUCAUCGAUACGGAGGCCUGUCCUUAAGAGGCAAGCACGGGUAGAUUAUACUCUUGAUACUACAACAGAAGAUCCUUGGGUUAAGAUUUCUGACUGCAUAAAAAGCUUAUUUAAUCCCACCAUGAGUGAAGACAACAGCCACUUAGAAAUGCAACCUGGCAUCAACACAAAUGAAGAACACGAAAAUCGAAGCAGCUCAGAGGAAGUUCUGCAGAAAUCAGCAUCAGAAAUAGUCAGUUCCAAAGCAUUAAAAUCAGAUGAAAGUGACGCUGUGAAAAAGGGCCCUCCUGUUGCACCUAAGCCAGCCUGGUUUCGCCAAAGUCUGAAAGGACUGAGGAAAGUGAAUUCAGACCUCAAACCACAGGCAGAUCAAAGUCCUUCCAACCUUCAGAGUGUUUCCACCAAAGAACUGCAAUCCAGUUUAUCCCGUCUGACUUCCAGGGGAUCAUCAAUCAAACAGAGAAUAAGCUCGUUUGAAUCUUUGAGUGCUCCGCAGUCACCUGAAAAAGUACACCGAAGGCUGAGCCCAAAACCAGCAGUCCAGAAGGAAAACUCUCCCUCUGCAAAAUGGUCAGAAGGGGCUCCAAACCAUUUCAGCCAAACCUUUCACCAGCACUCUGAAAAUAGCCAACAACAGUCAAAGUCAUCUGCGGUUACGGGUACAAAGAGCCUAGAUAGAUUUUCCUGUCCCAAGGACAUCCUUGCAGCCAACUUGGAGAAAAGCAAUGAUGCCAACACCAAAAAUCCUCCAGGCCUUCUCACUGCAGAAGCCAUUGCAACUUCCCAUGUAGCACCAGUAGCAAAAGUACACAACCUGAGGUCACGAAGCUUUCCACUUACCGCCACCCAGUCUUGUGAGAUGAUGAAGACAUUUGAUGAAAAAUAUAGCAAAAUCUAUUCCAUCAGUAACCAGGUGUCAUCUGCUUUAAUGAAGUCUUUGCUUUGCCUUCCUCAGUCUCCAAUCCCUUCUGGAAACAGUGCAUGGGAAGCUCUGGACACAUUGUCUCAGACCUCUGCAGAAGAGGAUGGGUCUUCUCUCCCACCUGCAAGUGAGAACCAUCACCCAGACACCGGAUUUUCUCUAAACCUCUCUGAGCUGAGAGAAUACACUGUGAGCUUAGCAGAUAGCGAGAAAGAAGAAGAGAAACAGGAACAAGGCUCACCUCAAGCAUCCGGUGUGUCAGGGCAGUCUGUCAUCUCUCUUCUUUCCCCUGAAGAGUUAGCAAAGCUCAUAGAGGAAGUCAAAUCACUAGAUGAAGCAACCUUAAAGGAAUUAGAUGAUAUUCACGUUACAAUUCUGCAUAAAGAAGAAAACACUGGGCUUGGAUUCAGCCUGGCAGGGGGUGUAGAUCUAGAAAACAAAGUGAUAACAGUUCACAAGGUGUUUCCCAAUGGACUAGCAUCUCAGGAAGGAACUAUUCAGAAAGGUGAUGAAGUACUUUCCAUUAAUGGAAAGUCUUUUAAAGGGGCGACUCACAACGAUGCCUCAGUGAUCAUGCGACAAGCUCGACAACCCAGACAAGCAGUUGUUGUCACUAGAAAAGCAAAAGAUGAAGACAAAAGUCACAACGUUUCAAUUGGCUCUAGCACAUCUUCAGUUGCAAGUGAUGCCUCACAAGAAUCAGCAACCGAAGACACAAACUACACUAUAACUCUAGAAAAAACAGCUGCUGGUUUGGGAUUCAGUCUGGAAGGUGGAAAGGGCUCCAUUCAUGGAGAUAAACCCAUCAUCAUCAACAGGAUAUUUAAAGGGACCUCAUUGGAGCAAAGCAGCCCAGUUCAGCCCGGUGAUGAGCUAUUACAAGUGCAUACUACAGCCUUGCAAGGACUCACUCGUUUUGAAGCAUGGAAUAUAAUCAAGGCAUUGCCUGAUGGGCCCAUCACAGCUAUCAUCAAAAGAAAGAAUCCAAGCACUGUUACCAAGAAGGCAUCUGAAACUUUGUAAGAGGAGUAAUUAGACUACUGCCAAUAUUACAAGCAAAAAGAGAUGUUGUGGUUUAUCACUUACAGACAUCUGGCUACUACGGCGAGAUACUCAAACUGUAUAUGAAAGAUACAUACAAUUCUACUGCCUGUUAGAGAAAGCUGUUUGGGAUGAAAGGAGAUGUGAACAAAACGUACAUGAUUACUAUUUCAGAAAAUUGUUUCAGUGUCAAAUGAUAACAAAAAAUGACUUUAUAAAUAAUAUACUGGUUGUACUAAGAUGUGAAAGCGCUGCAGUACUCUUAUUUUAAGCCAUUCUACAGACUGAGAGCACGUUCUGCAACAAAGUGUUCAAUUCUGCUUUACUAGUUUUGCAUCUCAUGGUAUUUUUCAAGGGUGAGGCAGGAAGCUGAGGGUAAUAGAGUGAAGGUUUUCCAACCUUCCUUUGAUCACAGAUCUCACAGGACCAGAGCAGAACAGCAAGGCCAUCUAGAAACAAGAGGGCAUGUUAUUUUUAAAUAUCUUUGUAUCACUUUGUAAGGAAAAGUGUCAUUAUUUAGAAAUUCAACCUUCUGAAUUCAAACUUUUACUCUGGAAACAGUAAUUCAGACACAAAACUAUGCUGCAAAUGCUGCUGCCCGUAUUCUGGUACCACUCUCCCAUAUGCUGUAUAGAAUUCCACGAGCACAGAAUACAUCAGAUUACCUCAGUGUUAUUUGCCAAAGGCGUCCUCACCCAAAACAAUAUAAAAACUGACACAGAACCACCAAGGUUAGUUGGAUCUCUUUUUUCCCCCCCUCUUCCAAUGGUGCUCAUCUUACCUCACUUUCAAUGUUUUCUCUGUUGCCUUUAUUUCCUGUUAUCUGUCAGGAUCAAAAGAAGCGCGAACACACUGUCAGAAGCAGCACAUCUCACUGGGAGGCACUCCAGGAUGUUACAGGAUAAUCUUUGCUUUGACAUUUGCAUCUCUGAUUUGGCAUGGCAGAAGGAUGAAUGUCAAGUGCUCUUAAUUGCUUCUGGAUAGAACAUGCUGAGCACUCAGAAAAAGAAGCCUGAAGUUAUUUUAAUGAAAAACCUCAACCACCACCUUUGUUGUUCAGAGUGGUAUAAAAAUAUAAUAAAAAUAAUAAAGAACUAAUAAAAAAAUCCCACUAUCUGCAAAAGGAUUACUUGCAGGAACAGCAAGUGGUGACUUGAGCUCCCCUCACUGAACUUUCCGCUAAUUAAAUUAACCAUAAUCUUGCAAAGACUUGCCCAGGUACUUAACCUGAGGCCUGACUAAAAUCUGUAGCAUGUUUAGCAUGUAUGAGCUUCUGUAACAUCAGGGCCAACAUCUCUCCUCAUUGAAUUUGUUGCCCUUCUUUAAGCACAGAAAACAGCAAUAGGGAAUAAGGACCGACCAUGGACAAAGGAUUCAAGAAUGAGAGCCCUCACCAAAACAGUAUAUCCCCACUUAAUGGAGAGUGCAAAAUAAAGGGAAAGGCUACUUGCUGCCUUGCUGCACUGAGUUCUGAGAGAUGCUGGAGGUCCAAGCGGCGCUUCAAGGUUCCCUGUGCAGGGGUAGGAGAACAAUUUGAAAGAAAAACAGGAAGAUGCAGCAGGAAAGACACCAAGAUAUAGCAGAAAAAUAUUUAUUUCAUCACCCUCGUAGAAGUUUUUACAUCUUUGUACAUAAAACGGAUGGAAUUAAAAACCACUUCCUUUAAAAAACUCUAUUCCACAGGGUGAGAAUGACGGUGGAAAACUUUGUAUGCAAACCUACACCCCACAGUAACAUAAAACAAGCACAUGGCUGAAAAGCAAAGCAUAACAACUUUGUUAAAUAACCAAGUUACAGCAUUAAAAUCACAACCCACGUGUAAAUGGCUAACACAGUAAUUAAUUUCCCUUUUGUAAUUCUAUGCAACCCAUAGCAAUGUCUGAUAUUCCCGCGGUAACCAGCACCGUACUUAUUUUUAAAGGCUGCACACAUCCCAACACACUUGAUCAGGAGCUGAUUUCCCAAGAUGGUGCUGUGAGGUAAGGCAGUAUUAAAGAGAGAUGUCCUUAUGGCCUGCCAAGUCAUGACUGAGCUACGAAAAUGAUUAUUUACCCGUUAAGACCUCUCACUACAAGAAACUGGAAAGUGUUUGGAAUACCCAUUUCAAGUGCAGUG